GGAUCGAGAGGGCGCGCGCUAUCUGUCUCGUGCAUGCAUGCAGCAGCUCAUUGACAUUGUGUAGAUCUUUGCAUUGGUGGAGUUUGGAAAAAAGUUACUCAAGAAAACCAGUACAGUUUCGUUAUUUUCACAUUUAAGUGUACAGAUAAGUCCCAGAAAUGUCUGUGAAGAUAUUCUACGACAUCAUGUCGCAACCUGCGAGGUCGGUUUUGAUGUUUGUGAGGACAAACAAGAUCCCUUACACUCCGUGUCCAAUAGCCAUGCGAAAAAAUGAACACCAAUCUGAGGAGUAUGCAGCUGUUAAUCCGAUGAAGAAGAUCCCAGCGAUGCAAGAUGGAGAUUUCAAACUCACCGAGAGUAUCGCAAUAGUGAAGUAUUUGCAGACCAAGUAUGCAUGCCCUGAUCAUUGGUACCCUGCAGACCUACAGGUCAGGGCCAGGGUCGAUGAGUACCUGGCGUGGCAGCACAUGAACACAAGAUUAAAUGUCGCAAAGGUCUUUUUGAAACAGGUAAUCUUUCCUCGGAUGACUGGCACCCCUCCAGACCCUGCCGCCCUAGCCCCUGAUAUUCAGCGGAUGGAAGAGACGUUAGACAACAUAGAAUCAUACUUCCUUCGGGACAAACCAUUCCUGUGUGGGGAUGACAUCAGCAUCGCAGACCUGUUUGGAGUAAAUGAGGUUAUACAGAUUGAACCCUGUGGAUAUGGUACGAUAGACAGGAGACCAAAACUGAAGGCUUGGAUUGGAAGAGUCCGAGAGCGAGUACAACCAGAGAUCUUUGAUGAUGUCUGCCAACUCAUCUACAAACUUGCCAAAACAAAACCAAAGCUAUAAUCAUAAGAUCUAUAGAGAGGUACAGUGUAUGGCAUUUAAGAUGAUUUGUGUCAUGUGAUUUUCUAUCCUUCUUCCAUGAGGUGUGUGUAUUACGAUGGUUUUUAACUUCGUGAUCACGGUACAGCCCACCUUUUCAUCCAGGGAGUUGGUCACUCGACUUUAAAAAAUUCUAAAAAUCAUGAAGGUUAAGCUAGAAUUUUGAGUUUGUCACAUCAUGUGCAGGAUAUUCUUUUACUUGAAAUUGUAAAUUAGUCAGAAUUUUAGUAUGACUAUAAAAUUCAUUAAUUAGCUUAUUUUCCUCAGGGGUUACACUUGAGUCUCAAUCACAGGAAAAUGUUGAAACAUGUCAAUAGGGUUAUUUGACUCGUAAAAAAUUAUGUGUUUAGCCUUGGGGUUGAUCUUCAAAACAUGGUCGUAUGCCUUUAACAAUAUAAUCUAGUCACUGAGUGCCCCAACCCCUGUGUAUUUAGUAUUCAAUUUAGAGAGAAAACGGCUCUUUAAAAUGUGACGGAAGAAGUUUGUCUGUUGAUUCUGUUUUGAGGAAAGGAGCAGGGUGAAUAUUCUGAAAUGGCUGCAUCUUAUUUUUAUAUUCAUAGUAAUUGGUAGUGGGGUGCGCGGCGUGGCAUGCGCCAUUAGCUUUAAACGACUACUUUUAACUUUGUAAACAAUCACAAGAAUGCUCUAAAAAUGUACUAUGACAAAUGGACAAUCACACUAAUGGAGAUGAGAUGAAGGCUAGAAGUAGUAUUCAGAAUACCCGACCAGGGGCCUGUAACACAAAGCCUUAAUAGUGAUCAUCAUUGGAAUUUUUUAUGAUUAAUUGCAUUGACUUCAAUGUAUAAUCAAGCGUAUAAUUAAUCGCUAACGUUUGUCUUACAAAACCCAGAUCAUUUUUAGAAUGUGGUUUCUUUAUUAACGUCAUUAUUUCACAAAACAGAAUUCACAGACUUAAAAAAAAAAAGAGGAAGAGCGAAAUUCUGAUGCCAUGAUUUCCAUACUAGAGAUUGAUUUUUCUGAAAUACUUUCAAGUAUCUAAUGAAAGUGAUACUAAAAAGGAGUAUAUUUAUCCUUAUCAGGGUUAAGAAUUUGGUCAUAACCAGUAUUACAAAGAAUCAAGGUAUUCAAGUACAUAUCAACUCUAAGAAAACCAUUGCCAUCUUGCUAAUCAUUUAUGGAUAUAUUGUAUUUGUGUAUCUUAAGUUCGUAAUAUGAUUGGUGAAAUAAACAUAAAUGUUUGAUUUUUUUUUGUCUUGCCUGCAUAGCAGAGCGAGGCUAUAGGCGCUGCUUUUCCAACGGCGGCGGCGUCAACAUCAAAUCUUAACCAAAUGUUAAGUUUUUGAAAUGUCAUCAUAACUAAGAAAGUAUAUGGGCCUAGUUCAUGAAACUAGGACACAAGGUUUGUCAAGUAUUACUGAACAUCUUGCCAGAGUUUGAGGUCACAUGACUAUGGUCAAAGGUCAUUUAGGGUCACGUUGGGGAAAUCAUCAUCAAAAUGUUAACCGAAGGUUGAGUUUUUGAAAUUUCAUCAUAACUUAGAAAGUAUAUGGACCUAGUUCAUAAAACUUGGAUAUUAGGGUAAUUAAGUAUUACUGAACAUCCUCCCUGAGUUUCAGGUCACAUGACCAAGGUCAAUGAACUUUGGCCGUGUCGGGGGUAUUUGUUGAAUUGCCAUCAUAACUUUGAAAGUUUAUGGAUCUAGUUCAGGAAAUGUGGACAUGAGGGUAAUCAAGUAUCACUGAUUAUUCUAUAGUUGUUUUCAAAGUCUGCACUGCUGCUAUGUAUUGAAUCGUGUAAUGCAGCCGAGACUGCCAGAGGCACUCCACUUGUAUGUUACUGUGAACCUGAAAAGCAUAAGAUGAUAGAGUUUCUUAUGAAUGUUAUCAUCAUGCGAUUUCAGGAAGUAAAAUAAUUCUCAUGAUGUAACUGUGGAUUGCUUGGUUUGCUUUUUCCUUUUAAUAAAUAGUUCUUGUUGCUAAUUGACAUUUUUUUCUGUAUUUUCAAGAGAUGAAUUGUGUACAAUAUUACAUGCUCUCUUUAAACUCAGGAGAGGUGCCUGAGAACUUUGAUGAAAAUGGCAGGAAGACAUGAUUUUUGUGGAUAUGUUACAUUAAAUAUGAGGGGAAGCCUUGGAGCCCCCCCCCCCCCCCCAUUACAUUACAUGCAUAAUAACCUCUGUUUAUAUUCCUGUACAAUACAUGUAGUAAUGAUUUUAUUUUAAAAAUAUUUUCUUAAUUUUUCACUUUGUCAAAGUCCUGUCAUGUUUUAGAAUUUGGAUUUAUAACAGAGCAAUUAAUUGUUUAUUCCAUACAAUGGAAAGUAUUCUGUAAACAUUGUCUUAUUAUGCUGCAUUACUAAUGAAGUAAGUGUUAAGCACUAUAUAAGCAAGUAUUAUUAUUAUUAUUGUUUAUGAUCAUGUUAUAUUGGUUAUGUUUUUAUAUUUGAAGGCCAGUGGGUGAUUCAAGUCUAGUGUUGGCAUUGGUGUUGGAAUUUGGAUUGCUUCCCCUCGCUCCAAAAUCUAUUCUGAGUUUCUAAAACUGAUCCAGAUCACAUUAUUGACAUCUCAAAAACUAGUGAGUGCCUUUUCGGGACCAUCUUUAUUUUAUGUGUGGCGUUAUACUCGUGUAAAAAUUGACCUAACACCAACACCAAUAGGUCAACACUGAACUUGAAAUCACCCAAUGAUAUUGCCAGUAAAUGAUCAUUACAAGGAAAAAGUACACCACAUAAAUUACUUACGGAUCCUGGAUGUAAAUUUUGGCAAUUAUGAUGAGCAAUAAAUGCCAAUAUAAAAUAUCUUAAA